UGUAGCCUUCCGCAGAGCAUGGCAUUCUCUAAAAUGGCUUCGGAACAUAAUUAUUCAAAAAUCGCUUUUGUCAUGUACCAACUCAUCCAUAUAACAUCCACACUACUGGGUCUCGCCCCGUGCAGUGUAAAAAUCUCAACUCCUUCAGCUCCAGAAGUUGGAUUUACCUGUUUAUUCUCUCAUUCGCGAGUGAAAUGUUUCUACAACAUUCUCCUGAUUGGAUUAUACAUCGCAAUAAUGGUUCGGAGUGUGCCAGCUCUAAAUAACGUACAGUAUCCGAAUAAUUCUUCGGUUGGAAGAAUGAUCGGAUUGGCUCUCGGGAUAAUGGGCAAUGCGAUACCCACUGUGAUCAUCAUCUACUAUUUGAUUUUCCAGAGAGAUAUCAUUCGAAUUGGCAAUCAAAUGAAUCAGUUUGAUAAAACAUACGGUGCGAAACUCAUUGCGAAAAGCGACAGGGGCAUUGGAAAUUUAAAAAUAUAUGCCAUAGUUGUAAUUAUAUUCGUCAUUUGGAUUGGGGUGUUAAUAACAGAAUAUAUGUUACCACAAGGUAUGAUUUACAUCGUUACCUCGAGUUUGAAUGAAGGAUUUGUCAGCUGGUUGUUAGUUCAAUACAGUUUAGUGAUUCAUGUUCUUGAAAAUCGAAUCAGGGGUCUCAAUAAGGCCCUCCUUGACUCGGCUGUACACGUGACGGUCUUCACAGAGGGUCCACUUGUUCGGAGAAGUGUUGCAAGCGACAGUUUGAUCAUUCAGAAUCUAAUAAUGAUUAAAAAAGCCCGUAAUUAUGUCCUCAAGCUUUCCCGACAAAUUUCCAAAUUUUACACUUUCCCAGUUUUACUCAUCAUUUGUUAUUGCUGUUGCUCUUGUAUCGACACUGGUUACUUUUAUAUUAUGACUCUAAUGCUACCGGAGAAGAAAGGUGAUAAUAAUGUUUUAAUUGAUGCCAUAUUUUGCGUUCUCAUGAACUUCUAUCCAAUCAUCAUUUUGAGCACUAGUGUCAACAGUUUCCAAGCUGAGACGGAACACACUGCUGACAUUGUUUAUGAUAUGAUGGAGACCUGUGCAGCACACAAGGAUGUCGAGUUAUCGUUAAAUAAUUUUGCUGUUGAAUUGUUACACAAAAAAGUAUCAUUCAAUGCUUGCGGGCUUUUUUCAUUAGACUGCACACUAUUGCAUUCAAUAUUAGCGAUGAUUGCGACCUAUCUGUUGAUUCUUGUACAAUUUAAACCACUCGGGUAAUCGAUAAACUCAACUGAUUCUUUCUCAACAGAAAUAUACGGAUAUAUUAAUUUUGAAAAAUGUGCAGUCAUGGCUAUGUAUUUCACAAUUAAAAAAUAUCGGAGCUUAUCGAGAAAUUCAUUAAUUAAGUCUCUUUAAUAUUGGGUUGCUAGAUUUUCAAAGUUAUCUCAUUUAUGUUGAGAUGUUCGAGAUUAUCUAGGUCUCC